CGCCAAAAAGUGGCAGUAAAUCAUUGCUGUCGAUGCCUGUAGCAGCGUAUUGUUCGUUUAACCUUCUAGCAGAAAUUUACGUCAGCAAAGGCAACGCGAAAGAAGCUGUAGAAAAGCCGUUUCCAACAGCGGCGGCGUUCGCGACGCAAAUUUAGUGACACCACCAGCAAGCUCUUAUCAAUCGGUUGAAGAAAAAAUAGUAGCGUGAUGUGUGUUUACUACUAGGUAUAUACACCAGUAAGGUAGUGCAAUUUGAUUGACUGCUCAUUGAUGGAAAACAAAAACGCUUAGAUCAACAGAAUUCCACAGUCGUUGGCGGGCGGAGGACAACGGUGCUGGUGAGCAGAGUAAAACUGAUGACGAAGAUUUUUUGUGAAGACCGAAGGCUGUGCACGUUCGCGAGAGAUUACCGCAUCUCUGGUUAUAUAACGAUUUGGUGUUUUGAUAUUUUGUGAUUGCCUCCAGGGGAGCGACCACAGAACGAUGCGGACAAUGUGGCGGAAAUGGGCGAGUCACAUGGAAACAAUUGAGCAACAGAUGGUAUGCUGAUUGUUCCCGAAACAGAACAAAGCGACGUUUGCCAGUGGUGAAGCGUGCAGAUUUUUGGCAGCACAAUCAUCAUUCUAAAAAUUGUAUAUUGAGUCGGCAAUUAGACGGACGUAAUUUGUAGCAAAAUUCCUCCUUCAAACGUUACACCUGACCAGGCGACGAUGGCCGUGGUACGCUCGGGGCACGACAUCAACAAUGGCCACCCUACGGGUGGGCCCAAAAGCAGUGGUCCACGGCCGCUCUUCUGCUGGCGAGAAUUCGCUUGCGGCUGGGGGGCAGCUUUCGUGAACAUUACCGUGACCUAUCCGAUCUACAAAAUGAUCUUUCGGCAGAUGCUGCACGGCGUUCAACUCAAUCAGGCCUACGGCCAGUUGCGCAGCGAAGGUUUCAUCUAUCUCUAUCGAGGAAUCUUUCCCCCGUUGGCGCAGAGAACCAUCUCGUUGUCGUUGAUGUUCGGCGUGUACGACGGAACUCGCCGGCCACUGGUCGAGUACUGGGGAAUGAAUCAGUAUUCAGCCAAGACGAUAGCGGGACUGAUGGCCGGCUCGGUGGAAGCGAUUUUGAUGCCCUUCGAGCGGGUGCAGAACCUUCUGGCCGAUGCGAACUAUCACCAAAAAUAUAAGAAUACUCAUCAUGCGUUUCGAUUGAUAUUUAUCGAGUACGGUUUCAAGGAGUUGUACCGAGGCUUGGUGCCGAUUUUGUGGCGCAACGGGCCCUCAAAUGCGAUGUUUUUCGUCAUGCGUGAAGAGGCGGACCAACGAUUGCCGAAACGGCCCACGGUGAUAACACAGCGGACGCAAGAAUUCGUGGCCGGUGCAUGUAUCGGCGCUUUCAUCAGUUCGGUAUUUUAUCCACUCAACGUCAUAAAGGUAACGAUGCAGAGUCGCAUUGGUACCCCCUACGAAAGCAUGUGGUGGGCUCUGCGACAGGUGUACUACGAACGAGAUCGGAAGCUGCGGAAUGUAUACAAGGGUGUUAGCAUGAAUUGCACCAGAGCUUUCUUCAGUUGGGGCAUCAUGAACAGUGCCUACGAGCAGCUGAAGAAGGUAUUCUACUGAGGUGCGUAUCCUUUUUUUUUGUUAAUUUUUCUGUUCAUAUUUGAUUGAAACGGAAUCCAAAGCGUUCAAUUGUCGAUGUGACAAUAAAAUUAUCGGCGGAUAGGUUUUGUAAUAAUAUUACGAAACAGGUAAUCAAUUGUGAUGUAAAUAGUCCUUAUGUCAUAGUUUACAAAAAAUAGCAUCAAUGGUUUUUCGUUAGGCUAUUGACUAGUCCAUAAGAUGUAAUGUUAACCUGUUUUAACCUAUUUCAUUCGUGUCGCCUGAGGGAACUGUAAUCUCCUAUUUUAUUGGAGCUAUAAAUAAACCUUAGUCGAAUACAUCUCAAUCCAUUGCAAGCCAAAAAUAUCACCCAAAUAAUCCAUAAACCCAAUAAUGCAUUUAGCAUCAUCGUUCACGGCCAUACAAAAUAAUCACGAACAUAAAAUACGGUUUUCAGAUGUAGUGCAUUACCAUAUAGCAAUCCCUAAAUUACUCAUUCGAAUUUAUGUGUUCAGUGGUGUUUAAUUUAUGAACCUUCUCAUAGUUGUUGAUGUUUGCACUUCGUGUGGGGCAUUGAAUGUACUGAACGCUGAUUAAUUAUGAUGUGUCCUUUUUCAUGUCCAUUGUAACCCUAUAGGAAAUCAUAUACCUAAACAAACACAUCUACAAACAUAUGGUAUGCGAUAAAUCAAACGACCGACGAUGUUUCUGGCGAUUUAGGUUAAUGCCAUGAAUGUGGCCUAGUGUCGAAUGAUCUUUUAGGAUUUACUAUAAAGUUAGGUGCUACUUAUAGCCAGUAAGUAAAUGAUAUAAGCGCAAAAUAUAGACAAAUAAU